AUGACGCAGACGUUUCACGAGCAGCGCGUGCUCGCACCAGAGGCUACGGGCCAGUGGCUUUGGAUUGUUUCGGUGGCCUCUCUCGGUGCUUUAUGCGCGGCCUUGGGCAUUGGAGCCAACGAUGUCGCAAACUCCUUUGCGACAUCUGUGGGGAGCAAGGCCUUGACUCUGAAGAAAGCGCUGUUGCUGGCGGGCAUAUGCGAGUUCUUUGGUGCGCUGCUCCUGGGUCGUCAGGCGAUGACAGCGAUUUCCGAGAGCAUUGCUGAUGAUGAGGCAUGGGGUAGAACAUUUACCUGUGUUCAGGCGGACAGCAAGUAUCUUCGCGACCCUACGUAA